GGCAGGGGAGGACUGGCUACCGACGGCCGCCCUCUGUCUGCAGGCAAAGGAGGCCUGUAGAUACGGUAGUGGGUGUCCGCGUGGUUUCUGGGAAGGAAAUCCCGACAAAUAGAGCGGAGGAUGAAAUUAACAGGGAGCAGCCCCUAAGGGGGGCUGUGGAAAUACAGUGGAACCUCCUUAACUGACCACUCCUUAAGGUGACCUAAUUUUCCGAGACUGGACAUGCACCACGUGUACGUACAAAGAAUGCAACAAUAAUGAACGCCACUCAGCAGGACACCAAAAGACAUAGACAGGAACCCAGCUGUGAGACAACGAUACACCAAGAGUGGUAUUCAGUUAACAGAACAACAAUUAUUUCGUAUAAGCUGCACCAGAGAGACAACUGAAGAUGAAAAAACUACCAUCCCCAUAUAUAACUAAUUUGUGCUGUGCACCAACAAGAACCUGCUUUAAAUUUCCAUGCCAAUUUACAACCCCCGGACUGUACCAGGCAAGGUUUUUGAGGGUAUGACACACAUACAACAACCUGCACAAACCUUCAGUGAACAGCCCAGGAAAUGUCAGUAUACGUAGGCUUCAAGAAGCCCUUGCCCAGACCAAGAGCAAGUGAAUUCAGCAAAUUUUAGUGAAGAAAAUAAUUGCAUGAUUUUCAUCUGAGGACAAAGAGUCGAAUAGCCAGUCACAGGCUGCUUAGAUCUAUCUCACGGAAAUAGAAAAAUGGACCAUGGAUAACACUAAGCUUACAACAAGAACUGUCAUAAUUCGAUGUUUAUUCUAUGGGUCCUUGACAUUUGGGGUGUGGACAGCUCUGUUUUUCUCGUAUUUGCACCGUAUCCACAAGAGCUACUUGCAGAAGACAAGCCAGGAGCUUUCAUCAGCUUGGUCUUCGGAACAAAGUGUACAGCAACAAAUUACCCAGGACUCACAGCCAACAUCAAAAGCACACGUAGUAGUCAAAAAUGAACCUAAAAAACUGCGAGCAUUUGCUGCGUUAGGUAAGGAUUUUAACUAUACAGACCCAGAAUUUCUUGAUGGAUUUUCAAAAUAUGGAUUUAAUACCAUGAUCAGUACAACUGUGGGCUUUGAGAGAAAUGUACCUGAUACAAGGCAUAAAGCGUGUCUUCAAAACCGCUACCCAGUCCACCUGCCCACUGCCAGUGUCAUCAUCUGCUUCCAUAAUGAAGAAUUUAAUGCCUUGUUUCGGACAAUGUUCAGUAUUGUGAAUCUCACUCCAGGCGAUUUACUUGAAGAAAUUAUUUUGGUAGAUGACAUGAGUGAAUUUGAUGAUUUGAAAGGAAAACUUGACUACGUCUUGGAAGUUUUUCGAGGAAAGAUUAGAUUAAUAAGAAACAAAAAGAGAGAGGGGCUGAUUCGAGGAAGGAUGAUUGGAGCGGCUCGGGCGUCAGGGGAUGUCCUGGUGUUCCUGGACAGCCACUGUGAGGUGAACAGAGGCUGGCUGGAGCCCUUGCUCUACUCCAUUGCCAAGGACCGCAAAACGGUGGUGUGCCCUCUGAUAGAUGUCAUUGAUGGGACCACCCUGGAGUAUCGGCCCUCUCCUGUUGUAAGGGGAGCCUUUGACUGGGACCUGCAAUUCAAAUGGGAUAAUGUUUUCUCUUAUGAGAUGGAUGGACCAGACAGACCUAUUAAUCCAAUCCGGUCGCCUGCAAUGGCCGGAGGAAUUUUUGCCAUAUACAGGCACUAUUUCAAUGAAAUUGGACAGUAUGACAAGGGCAUGGAUCUCUGGGGAGGAGAAAAUCUGGAACUUUCUCUAAGGAUCUGGAUGUGUGGCGGCCAGCUCUUUAUAAUCCCCUGUUCCCGAGUAGGACAUAUUGCUAAGAAACAAUUCAGAAACCUUCCUAUCCUCACAAGAGCCUUGACACGUAACUCUCUAAGAAUGGUGCAUGUCUGGCUGGAUGAGUAUAAGGAACAAUUUUUUCUUCGAAAACCUGGUCUGAGAUCCGUUGCCUAUGGAAACAUUAGCGAGCGUGUUGAAUUAAGGAAACGACUGGGUUGCAAGUCAUUUCAAUGGUAUUUGGAUACUGUCUUCCCAGAAUUGGAGGCAUCUUUGAACAGCUCAUGAAAGGAAAACAAAUCAUUUUCAUUAAUAAAGAGUUAAAAAGUCCUCUUGUCCUUCAACAUAGUAGCAUUAGAGUACAAGUUUGCAAUAUCAUGGAAUCAUGGGACAUGCCUAUGGAACACAACCAGGGUAGUCUACAACACAAGUGCCUUUCCCCCGUUUAAUGACAAUUCCUAACACUUCUUUACUCAUCUACCACUAAAUUUCUGAGGGGACAAAACCCUGAACGUUAGAAAUAUAGGCUGUCAAGCAGUGAAGACUAUCCUCUAAUUUAUUAUGGUAAAGUGUACAGUUUGCAGCUAUCUGCUGAAGUUGCUAGAACCACAGGCA